CUCUCGAAGAGACUGGACGCAAAUCUUCACAUUGAUACCUCUUGAAAGAAGACAAUCUCGACCAUUUCAUCGUUACGCCACACGAGGCGAGCCACUGCCUCUUCGAAAACGCACCCGGAAGAAUUACUAGCCAAAAGGCUUGACCAGACUCUUCAUAUCUCCCCGAAUACUGCAACUUCUGAGGCCGGGAAGCUAAAGGGGAACGCCACGACUGUUGACGACCCAAGACAGGUCGCCUCCCAAGCGUUGGUUGAUUUGAAAAUCUCAUCACAGAAGCUCGCCGAUGCCGUCCAGCUUGGAUGGAGAGUAUCUACCCCUAUUAAAGAUAUCUCACGGAAGUCGUUGGAUAGUUCUCUAUCCAUCGCUUGUAAAUGUAUAAGUCAACUGAGAGCAUCUCCUGUUGCACGUCCAAUGGAUGUAGAGAAAUCGGCAGCUCAGAUUAUUGGGCGCGCGAUUUCAUUGGAACUGGUGAAUCCGUCCUUGAAACUUUGUUGUCCACUUGCUCACCAGCAGCUUUCGCUCGGUUUGAGGAUGCCUCGAGGUUACCCUUAGAGGCGCGACCGUAUGUUCUGAAACUCGUCUGCCCGCUGCUGCCACAGAUGGGUGGAGAAUUCUCUGGGCCCUCCGGGGAGGCGGGCGUCGCGUUCGGUCUUCCCUCGCCAGCCUCGGGGAAUGUUGUCGAUGAUGACAACCUGCCGUCGUUGGCCGCAGCCUACCAACUUCAUAGUCUUCAGUCAUACCAUCCAUUGGCAACUGAACAAACUAUUGAUGCGUUCUUGAACAACGGCACCUUGCUAUCGUGGUCAACCGUAUUGCAUCAACACCUGUCCGGUCACAGUGCGCCGCCCUUUUUACGAGCGCCUUUCAGGCUGCAGCGAAAUGUGGGCCUCCGCUAUCGGCUUGUACUUUGUUUCGUAUCCGCGCUUGGAGUUUGAAGUGUCUCCUUUCAAGUCCCAUUUUGAAGGAGGGACCUUUCUGGGAUCAGGCGGGGAAAUACUCCGCCUCCUACAUUCGAGCUGUCGGCGAUAACGCACGACAGCCGGUGGCUGGCUUGUUGGACGACCUAUUCUUGCAAGCAUCGGAGCGCAAAGACACCU